AGUCCACUGCUGUACCUGCCUGCUAGCUAGAGUGUGUCUGUGUGUGUAGUCCACUGCUGUACCUGCCUGCUAGCUAGAGUGUGUCUGUGUGUUUCAUACACUUUGGACUACACUCUUGGACUUGACCUUUGGACUACCUGAGGUAGUUUACCUGGCUUUCAGCUGUUGUCGAAGCUCACCAGGUUUUUAACAGGUACCGUCUAUGACCUGCUGGAGUUCACCUGUCUCGGGGUGUUGACCUGUGUAUAUCUGACUGACUGGGAGUUACUACCUCUGUUGGAGUUCACCUGUUAGAGGGAGCUCAGCUGUGUAUCAACACGUGCCUUUCUGCCACUGGAGUUUACCUGUGUGAAGGAGUUUACCUGUGUGAAGGAGUUUACCUGUGUGAAGGAGAUUACCUGUGUGAAGGAGUUUACCUGUGUGAAGGAGUUUACCUGUGUGAAGGAGGUUUACCUGUGUGAAGGAGGUUUACCUGUGUGACUGGAACACCUGUUGGAAUUCUGACCAACUAAUUAUUUGGAGCUUCUCUCUCCUGCUGGGGUUCACUUACCUCAGAGCAGAGACCUGCAUCCUCCAGCUGUGUGUGUGUGUGUGUGUGUGUGUGUUGUGUGUGUGUGUGUGUGUGUGUGUGUGUGUGUGUGUGUGUGUGUGUGUGUGUGUGUGUGUGUGUGUGUGUGUGUGUGUGUGUGUGUGUGUGUGUGUGUGUGUGUGUGUGUGUCAGGAUGAUGGAAGAAGUGUCUAUCAGGGUGGCAUAUGACACCCACAUCAUAGACCAGAUGACCGAGGAGGAGAUACUGGCCUGCCUGAUGGCCGAGUCUAUACCCAAACACACGGUUUCCAGUAAGAAGGCCACGCCGAGAGAGAAUCAGACGCAAAAACAGGAUGACCACGUAGAUAGAUACCAGAGGGAGAACCGUCAGCUGCAGCAGGACAGUCUGCGUCUGGAGCAGGAGAAUGAUGUUCUGGCCCACAGACUGAUCACCAGCAAGAUCUCCCUGAGGACUGACCUGGACCAGGCGGAGGACAGAGUGAAUGAGCUGACCAAAGAGCUGCUGAAGACCAGAAAGAGAUUAAAGAAUGCAGAGGAGGAGAAGAGAGGGAAGGAGGAGGAGGCUGCUCAGUUGAAGGAGGUGUUGAGGGCAAAGCUGGACAAGGCUGAACCAGAGGUGAAAAGGAGCUCAGGCAUCAUCUCAGACUACAAACAGAUCUGUUCCCAGCUGACCAGUCGGGUGGAGAGGCAGCAGGCGGCCCACAGAGAGGACCUGGACAAACUCAGGAAUGCUGUGCUGGCAUGUUCUCGCUGCCGACAGGCUCUAGAUUCUCUUGUUAUGGAAGGCUUCGGUUCCACAGCCCCGUACCAGAGAAGUAUCAGCACCAGAGAACCAGGCCAGCAGAGAGACCAGGAAACAGAACCAGACCAGCAGACGACUGGUACCAGGGAACAAGACCAGGAGAAGGUGUGUCUGAGUGACCAGGUCACAGAGCUGGAGAAGGAGCUGGCCCAGACUAAACUACAGAUGGUGGAGGCCAAGUGCAAGAUCCAGGAGCUGGAACACCAGAAGGGGGUGCUGCAACGUGAUCUCCAGACAGCUAGGAACAGCUGGCUCAGUAAGACUGUGAGCUCCAUACGGUCAGCCGGAGGGGGUCUGCAGAGCAGCAGCCUACCCAGUGGGAGAGCCUCAGCAAUGGGGCGUUCUCUCCAUGGCCUCCCCCUCUCAGCCUGGAGCUCCAGGAGACUAUCAUGGGCCCCCAGGAAGGACCGGGGGGAGUCGUCUGACAGAGAGAUGGAAGGGAGGGGGAGAGACAGCAAGAGGACAUACUGAGAGUAUAGAUAACAUGUAUUGGAAUGAUUAUACAUGUCUAUUGGUGACUGUUUGUUUCUGCAUUCUAGUCCCUAUUUUGGUUUUAUUUGUUAUUGUCAUUUUUUAUUUUCAAUGUUUUACUAUUGAUACAGGAAUUGUAUGUUUUAUUAUUGAUACAGGAAUUGUAUGUUUUAUGUAUUGCUUUGGCUGCAUUGUGUUGUACCUAAAGCGUGUAAAUAACUGAAUCCAAUGAUCAAACCAUACAUCCCAAUGCUAACACUCCUGUCUGCAUGCACACACACACACACGCACGCACGCACACGCACACCCAACUCUUUAAACAAAACUCCAAACUGGUAUUACUUGUAUGGCACCCAGUCCUUCAUUCAAAACCUUUCAUUGUGCAUUCAUUUUUUGAUUUGAUUUGUUACAUACAGUACAUCUCUGAUCUUGUCAAUAUCAGAUUUUCUUUUUAACUUACAGUGAAGUAAAAUCAAUAGUCAUCAUUGUAGUACAUUCAAGUAUAUAUCCAUACUUUUUAUGUUUCUACAUUUACAGACAUUUUCAUUAAGUAGUUCUCAAAAUCUGUAGCAGACAAACCAGUUGACAUGUAAAGUCAGCCAGGUCACCCGGGAUACAAGUCAGUAUUCGACGUCCAUGCAUAUCUGAGGACGUCCAGAGGUGAUGUGGAAAUCGACCACUAGGAGCAACGAUGAACGCUGUUACCUUCAAGUAGGUUGUGAUUUUCAGAAGCAUCUGCCUCUGAUUCCAAAUUUUGGAAGUUUGAAUCCAGCGAUAGAAAGUUGUUUUUGAGAUAGUUGUUUUAAGCCUAUCCCAAACCUUAACCAUUUGGAGUUAAUGCCCAACCUUAAGAUUUCGGAGUUAAUGUCUAAACUUAACCUUAAACAUUUAGAAAUUUGCCGUUUGCAACAACUUCGAAAUUUGAAGUUUGAGAAACAUGGAUGAACGUGUAGUUAUGACGUGAGACUGUGAGACCUAGUUGUGUAAUGUAUAGGUUUACCAAACAUAUACGUGAUCAUCAAUUUAGAGCAGUCUGAUUAAGUAAUAGUAAAUGGUCUUUUAACAAAAGAGAAGAGAAACAUAUCAAAAGUGAGCAUCGUAUUGUGCACGGCAGUUAUGUUAUGUGAACAUGUAUUUCCAGAUGAAACACUGAUUAAGUGUGGUGAAAAUGUGACUGUAUGAUUUUGAUUGUGAAAUACUUAGUCAAUUGAAAAUGUGCUUAAGGUUUUGAAACAAC